AUGAUGGGCGAGGAAGGGUUGCUUGUGCCCUUAAGACAGGUCGAGCCACUAGCUCCAGAUGUUUCGGAUGAAGUCUCCGCAGAGCUCCUGCAGUUCUUCACUUCUGGAGAGCUAGCACAGCACAUCACCGAUCUCCUGGCACGUCAUGAGAAGGGGCCUUCGCGGUGUGCCAAAGCCGAGCUGGUCGUGGAAGCCUUGGAUCUCUUUGAAGAAGUUCCUGGAUCCUAUCGCCUUCUGAGGAAGGGGUGGUCCAACUUGGUGAGCGCUCUGAACGGCGCACUCGCGCAGGCUGGAAAAGCCCUGGCUGCCGACAAGCCCUCGAGUCCGGCCUUAACUCUCCGCUCACGUCUGGUGCAUGUGCCUGGACGAGAGUUUGCCAGGCAAUCCGUGUCCCAACUGCGAGUAGCGGAUGAAGGGCAGCUGGUGCGAAUCCUGGGCACUGUGACGCGGGCUGGUCCUGUGAAG